UCUUGGCAUGUCUUAGUUAUCGAUAAUUCCCGCCACUUCUGAGCAUUGAUGAAGUGGCAAGCGUCAUGAGUGCCAGCAACAAAGGCGGUUACAAGACGCCGCGGAAGGAGAACCUCAUGUCCAUUGAGAACCUCACCAAUUCGGAGGAGGAAUCCGAGGACUUGAACACGGCAAUGGUUGGGAAUGCAGUGGAAUCUCAGCCCAAGGUCACCAGUCGGCGUUCCACCCGACGUCCAAGUCCCACCAAGAAAUACCAGGCGUACCAGAAGGAAAGCAAUGGAAAAGGCCAGGAAGAGCGAAUUGUUGUGAACUAUGUGGAAAUGUCCGAUGAACGGAGCAGCGAUGCGGAGGAUCAGGAAGAAGAAGAAAGCAUCGAGGAGUCGGAAAAUGCUGCCCGUCCCGCUGCCAAGGAUCUGCAUCUCAUCCAAUCCGAGUACAAUGUGGCCGGCACCAGCAUGUUUGGCUUCAAUACGCCCAAGAAACGCGAUGCCAUGGCACUGGCCGCCCUAAAUGCCACGCCCUGCACGCCCAAGACCCCAAAAACGCCGCGUUUGGGUGUCAAGACGCCGGAUACGAAGCGCAAGAAGUCCAUGGAUCAGCCAAAGACUCCCGCCCAUGUGCGCACCCGCGUCAAGAAGCAGAUUGCCAAAAUAGUGGCCGACUCAGAUGAGGAUUUUUCUGGAGAUGAAAGCGAUUUCCGGCCCAGUGACGAGGAAUCCUCCUCCAGCAGCAGUAGCAGCGAUGCUGGCAACUCCUCUGACAACGACGCCGCCGAUGAUGAGCCCAAAACGCCCAGUAGAGCCCGCCGUGCCAUUGUAGUCCCCGUUCUGCCGAAAACUCCAUCGGCAGCCCGCCUGCGACAAUCGGCGAGGGCGAAAAAAUCGAAUGAGUUUGUGCCCGAGAGCGAUGGUUACUUUCACUCGCAUGCCAGCAGCAAGAUCCUCACUUCGGAUCACACCUUGGAUCGCCUAAAGAAUCCUCGCCUGGCCGCCGAUCGUGUUUUCAGUUUGCUGUCGGAAAUCAAGACAUCGGCGGAGCAUGAGGGUUCUAUUAAUGCCAUUAUGGAGGAGUAUCGAUCGUACUUUCCCAAGUGGAUGUGUAUUCUGAACGAAGGCUUCAAUAUACUUCUAUAUGGAUUGGGCUCCAAGCACCAGCUGCUGCAGUCAUUCCAUCGGGAAGUUUUGCAUAAGCAAACGGUAUUGGUGGUGAAUGGCUUCUUUCCCAGUCUGACCAUCAAGGAUAUGCUGGAUAGCAUCACAAGCGACAUAUUAGAUGCGGGCAUUAGUCCGGCUAAUCCACAUGAAGCAGUGGAUAUGAUCGAGGAGGAGUUCGCACUGAUACCGGAAACACAUUUGUUCUUAAUCGUCCAUAAUCUGGAUGGAGCCAUGCUUCGCAAUGUGAAGGCACAGGCGAUUCUUUCGCGCCUGGCGCGCAUACCGAACAUUCAUCUACUGGCCUCCAUUGAUCACAUAAAUACCCCACUGUUGUGGGACCAGGGAAAGCUGUGCAGCUUCAACUUCUCGUGGUGGGACUGCACAACAAUGCUGCCAUAUACGAACGAAACUGCGUUCGAGAACUCGCUGCUGGUGCAGAAUUCCGGCGAAUUGGCCCUCUCCUCGAUGCGCAGUGUCUUCUCAUCGCUAACGACCAAUUCGCGUGGCAUUUACAUGCUGAUUGUUAAGUAUCAAUUGAAGAACAAGGGCAAUGCCACAUACCAGGGCAUGCCGUUCAGGGAUCUCUAUUCGAGUUGUCGCGAAGCAUUUUUGGUCAGCUCAGAUCUGGCACUGCGUGCCCAGCUCACCGAGUUCCUCGACCACAAGCUGGUCAAAUCGAAACGGAGCGUUGAUGGCUCCGAACAGCUAACCAUUCCCAUUGAUGGCGCACUGCUGCAGCAGUUUCUCGAGGAGCAGGAGAAGAAAUAGGCCAUCGGCGUAAUUUUAGAACAUAUUAAUUUAUUAUCUAAUAUUGUUAAAUACAAUUACAAUUUCGCUUUUU